AUGUCCAGUGCAACGGAGGUUUCUACUUCUUCGGUGAGGGACGUCAAUUGGUACCGCCAGCUUUGGUGGAACACUGGAAACUUUCACCCCAAAGCUAAGUGGAAUGAUGCGACAAAUUCGGAAAGCCUUGAGGAAACCGUGACAAAUUUGUCACGAUCAGACCAUGUAUAUACAAAUACCUCCGAAGUAUCAGGAUUGGAGCAGGAUGACGAAAUUGACGUGGUCGACACAAGUCAAAUCAUAGAACAAGGUUUAAUUCAAGAAUUGACCCAGAAUCAAUACGAAGUAGCUUGCCAAAGUAACUCCACAUCCUCGGAUGAUGAAAUUAAUAAAUCUU